GAGAAACCACACUAAGUCAGUUGUACACACGCAAGUAAGAGCACGCAAUGUGAAUUACGUUUAUUAAUCAUGUAUACCAAUUUUAAGCUCUAACCUAUCAUUGGGAAUUGAAGCACUAUGAAAAAAAUAUCAAGAUGCCUUUAAAAACUGUUUUAAAAAACUUUCUUAAUCAUUUGGAGACGUUAGAGGCUCGACGAAAAUUAGGUGAUGACCUGUAUGAAGUGGAAUUUCAGAACUUGAAAGAGUUGACAGAGAGAUUAAAACAUGAUCAUAAUUAUGCCUGCACUCAGGGAGAAAUGGAUGUCAACAGACGGAAAAACAGAUAUAAGGACAUAUUACCCUAUGACCACACAAGAGUUACACUGUCAGAUUACCCAGGUGUCCCUGGCUCAGAUUAUAUUAAUGCAAACUACAUUAAGGGAGCCAGUGGUUCUAUGGCUUAUAUUGCAUCUCAAGGACCAUUACCAAACACUGUAGUGGACUUCUGGCGAAUGAUCUGGGAGUGUGAGGUCAAAGUAGUUGUGAUGGCCUGUAAUGAAAGAGAAUCGGGGAAGUACAAGUGUGAGUGCUACUGGCCAAGUGAUGGUGAGAAGAAACAAGCAGGAAACAUUACAAUUGAAUUGGUAAAAUGGCGACAAGUUUGUCCAGACUUCUUGCUACGUACUUUGAAGGUGAGGAAUGGAAAUGAAGAAAGACCAAUUUGUCAGUUUCACUAUGCAAGUUGGCCAGAUCAUGGUGUUCCUACCUCCGUCCAACCUAUUUUAGAGCUAGUGAGGCUCGUUCGAGACUGUCAAGCAUCAGAAGCGGUGCCGGUUCUGGUUCACUGCAGUGCUGGCUGUGGAAGAACAGGAACAAUAUGUGCUAUUGACUAUGUAUGGGGUCUAAUGAGAAUGGGGAAGCUGAGUGAGUCAUUCAGCUUGUACCAGCUUAUUUCAGAAAUGCGGCGACAGAGAAUUGCCAUGGUACAGACUAAGGAGCAGUAUAUCCUGGUUCACAGAGCAGUUGGUGCCCUUUUUGAGCAACAGCUGAGGGUCAUUGACAACCACACAUAUGAAAACAUUGAUGAAGAUGGAGAACCACUUAUUUGGAAAGAAAUCGAACGGAGUGGAGAUUCCUAUGGAGAAAACAGAGUUGAAGAAUCUCCUUGUAAAGAAAAAGCAGAAAAAGAAAAAAUUUGUUCAGACACUGGUGAAAAAGAGGAAAAAAUUGAGAAACUACAAUCCCAGGAAAUGCAAGAAAAAGCUCUAUUCUCUUCUCAGGAAUUUAUACUUUCGAGACCAUCAUCUUGUGUUCAAGAUAUGCAAGGCAGUGGAGAUCAAGUUGAUUCUUGUUGUGUGUUACCAGUGGAGGAAAGAUCAAGUGAGAUAAUAUCCAAUACCCAGCUUCCCAUCAAGUGUAUGACUAAGUCUUUAACAGAAGGUGAAAGUCCAGAAAAGCAAAAUAUUAAAAUUUUAGAGAUAGAAGAUGAGAAACAGAUUUUGACUACUUCUCAUGACACAUUAGUUUUGAACAAGCUGAGGAGAGAAGCAAGUGUGAAGAGGUUGAUAUCUGGAUGGAACAAGGCAUCUGUGGAAUCUGAAGGCAGCAGUAGUGGAGGCCAAGAUCAGAAAAAUGGGGAUUGUGAAGAACAAGAAGUGUUUCAUUCCUCUGAAAAGAAACAUCAGACUUUAGGAAAUGGUCUUUCUUGUAGGAAGGAUGGGAUUCUCAAUGAAAACAGCUCCUCAAGAGUAUCAAAAAAGAGACCAUUGAUCAAAGUAAGAAGUUUCUCUGCAAGUGAAGUUGAAGGUGAUCAUUCAUCUAGUCCUCCUCCUGAUUCCUUAGGAGGCCCAACUAGAAGAACUGUUGAAGAAAAUUCUUAUUUUUCUCCAAACUUAUUGUCAAGGUCUUCAUUUGAAACAGAACGUCUAAAGAAACCUCAUAAUUCUGAACGAUUAGUUGGUAAAGCUACUGUGAUUCGUAGACCAAGUAUUGCCCAUUUAAAAGCUUUAUUUGAAAAAUCAGUAGCCUCUGAAAAUGAUGCCUCUCAAGAUCAUCUCUCUCGUCGCCAGCGUCCUCUUUCAAGAAGCCAUAGUCAUCAUAUACCACAAGGAAGAAUGGAGGAAAAUAGUGAAGGUCACAUUGGAUCAAAUAUUUUGGGAGAACAAGAAAGAACAGACAAUGCCCUGGGAAUUGUAAGUAGAUGUUACCGCGAACCUGUAUUUUCAGUUCAUGAUCAGGACACGUGUGACACCAGAGAUAGAAGAAGCAUUUGGUACAAUAGUUCUAGCUUUUCAAACCAGGAAAACUCCAAAGACACAGUUAAUCAAUCACAGAAAGUUGGGCAGACCACAAAUUUAACUGAUUUUGCUGUUGAUGAGCCUCAAGAACUAAACAACAAUCCUCUUCCUUCUCGACAGACAAAGUGGUAUACACAGGAGAAUGCAACACCUGACAUUAAGAAUGAAGAAAACAAAAAUCUAAGUUUCAAAAAAUUUACUUCUAAAAUUCAAAUUAAAGAACCACAAAGUGAUCAGUCUGUUUUAGAUAAACUAAAUUGCUUUCAUCCAAAAUGUCAGAGGUUACUUAGUUGGGAUGAAGGAGGGUAUCAAGAUUGUUAUGCAGCAAAAUCCAGAUGGUAUGAUAAUUUGUCUCCAGUCUCUGGAACCUUGUCAGAACAGUGGCACAAACAAAGCCAAGUUCAUGAAUCAAGUAAUGUAGUUUCUCAGAAUUUUUUAAGUGAAUUAAAUCAUCCUGUAGAUGCUGUUGUUAAAGACCAAAACCCUCCUGAGUUACCAGUGAAGAGAAAAAUUGCAAUGAAAACCAAAACUUUACCUGUUUCAGAAUGUCAUUAUGGCAUCUUGUAUGACAAUGUAAAAAAGAAAACUUCACCAAUUUCAUCUGUGUCUCAGUCUUUUGGGGUAACAAGUAUUUCAAACACAAAGAACUCUUCUCACAUCCCAGCAUUAACAGACAAGUGUGAAUACUCACAAUCACCAGUUUUUGAAAACAGUCAUGAAAGACCCCCUGAACUUCCAGAGAAAAAAGUAAUUGGGAAACAGAAACAUGUUAAAAAUCAUCUUGAAGUAAAAAGUGUCACAACUCCUCCUUCUGAUUUUGUUUUAUUAAGAAAAACUAAGCCGGUUUCAGAAACUGUGAAAUCAGAACCUAAAGAACCAGAUGUGUGCAUAAAAAAUGCAUACACAACUCAAAUACAACCUGUAUUUUUAAAAACUGGACAGCAGCAACCUUUAGCCAAAAGCAACAAAACAAAAAAUGUUAAUUUAUAUUCUAAUGUUAAUCUUGCAGCAAAGAAAAAUAUUGAAACGAUUGAAAAUACUCUUGAACAACAUCAUCGAGGAGCUAUAAUUGACUUAAUGUCGAAAUCAUCUUGCCAGCUUGAACGUCAGCACAAUGACCAAAAGCAAAAGAAGAUAGAUGUGUUCACACAGAAGGACGCUGCAAAUGUAUCCUUACCCAACAGAAAAAUUACUGAAGAUGCUAACAUAUUACCAAGACAACCACAGCAGCAAAAUAAGAAUUCCCAUAACCAUAAUCUAGGGAAGAUGAAGUAUGAGCCAAUUUGGAUUGAUGGCUCAAACCAAGUCACUUCCUCUGCUGAUCAAACCAAACUACACACUUAUCAAAAUACAGUGACUGUGGAAGGUGCUCUAGACAAGAGUAAUAUUCAAUACAAAAAAGAAACUUUUCUGAAGAAAGAAGAUGUUAGGAUAAAAGUAAAGGAUAGUCAAGGUGAAGCACGUAACCUUUUGUUGCAUAGUCCAGCUCCAAAGUCUAAAAAGUCCCAUGAUUUAACCUGCAAACCAACAGCAUCUACAACAAAAAAUUGUUCUGUCAACAAGAAGGAAGAUGUGGUUACCUCUGACAAAGAACAAACUCAAACCAGUCAUUCAUCUAGUACCGAUGUUUCAGAACUUAAUUCCUUAUUAGAUGAACUCACAUCUCAUGCUUCAAAGGACUUUAAAAGGGAAUCGACUCCACCAUUUUGUGAAAUUAGUCUACCUUCUGCUUCACCAGCACAGAAACAGAGCUUUGGUCUUUCAUACUCGCAAGCUUAUCAAGAGAGGCAGAAACAGCCAACCAGUCCUUCAAAGCCUCAUCCUGUGAGCCUGUACGAAGGAGUUACGACAGAAAUUAUCUCAGAACCUCAAGGAAAAGGAACCAUACACCAUAACCAAGCUCACCUCAGCAAUAAAACAAAAGAUGAGAACCAAAAGAAUCAGUGUAAAACUAAAGCCCAGCGUGGUACAGAAAGUGAUUCAAGUACUAAAAGGAAGAAAGAUCCAGACUAUGAAUGCAUAUAUCCUCUUCAGCACUCCUUCUCAUCACCACAGUUUCCUAACAUUCAUCACCUACAUGCAGAUAACUAUAAAACUUAUGAGCCUCGCAUAAAACCUCAGCUCCACACAAGUAUUCUCAGUAAGAAAUGUUUAGAUUCUAAUGAAACUUCUAAUCCUAAGUGCUCUUCAAACAAAACCUCUUCUAAAAUUACACCAAGCUGUAAUACUGGACCUCCUAAACCACCAAGAACUUACAAUCAUUCCUCACUAAAUCAGUCUUCCAGUUCUCCAUACAAGCUGGAUGGAGGAAGGCUGCUGGUGUCUGUUGGAUCACCAAAAAAUCCAGCUUUACACAAGAAGGAAAUGUGGAAAUUGCCAGUCAAGGAGAAGUUAGCACACCACCUGAAGGGGAAAAAGGCAUUAUUAUCUGUGUCAGAUAAUUUUUCAUCAGGAGGAAUUACACAUCAUGUAGAUAGCAAGAGAAUAAGACCAUUCAAUGAAAAUGCACUAAAUUCAGCCAUCCCUGCCUAUGGUAAAGAACUCACCAUGCCUGUAUACAGUAGGGGACCACUAAAUCUUUAUGCAUGUCCUACCACAAGGUCCAGUGGAGCUUUAGUUCCUGAUUAUGAAAAUGUUUAUAAUUCAACCAACAGUUCCCAAAUUGCUAAGUCAGGAGAUCAUGCUUCUAAAAGCUCAACUCCUUCUAUGCAUGCUCUUCGGCAUUCGAUCUCUGAUGCUAGUGUAUAUGUGACUCUUCGUGGUACUAAGCCUUGUCCUCAGGGGCUUUCAGUAAGCAGAACUCAAGGGCCUCCAAUCUAUAGUCAAGUUGUAAAACUAAAAAAAAAUGAAUCUCAAGAAAAGGCUGUGCCCAAUGUUACUCAAGCUUCUCCAUCAGAGGGCAUUCAUCGAAGGUCACAGGAUGAUAUGGACUUGCAACCAGUGGCACCACCAAGAAAUAGGAAACAACUUCCGGCUAGGAGAAGUAUGGUGGAGGUAGAAAGUAGUGGAAUAGGAUGGAGUGUGAAAGAUGACUCUCCACCUACCAGUAAUGCAAACGAUCAAGAGGAUAGUAAUGGUUUCCACAAAGACAGUGUUGAUUGUGUAGCCUCGCAGUCUUAUCAUUUAAAAGAAGGAAGUUCUCAAGCUUGCACGAAGAAGAGGAGUGACAACAGUGGAGUAAGCGAUCUUGGUACUUACGGAAAGUUAGGCGACACAAUAUCAAAAGCAUUAGGAAAACUAACUAUGGGUAAACUUUCAAAGUUACGUCCUAAACCAGACCCAGGGGUGGCUCAUGGACAGAAAAAUAAAGAUGAUGAAUCAAAGAGUCGAGAAGGAACGCCAACUAGAAAAACUGAGGUCAACUUAAAUACAGUAGAUGAUCAAAAACAGAAGAACUUACCCAGGGAGCAGUGGACCCAAGUCUAGCAAUGCUGGUUACUAGGAAAUUUCUAAAGGGCAUUUUAAAUGUGUGGAUAUGGACUUCCACAAUGAACAAUACUUAAUUUUUUGCAUUCUUGUUGUUGCUUGUUUUCUUUGAGAGUUAUUUGAACUCAUGUUUUUAUAUUUCACUUAUUUGUAUAGACUUAUUUAUUUUUCAUGUAAUAAGAUGUAGACUUGUUGGUAUUGGGUAUAAGAUUUACAGUAAAUUAAGUGAUUGGUAACUUUGUCAUAUUUGAUAUUAUUUAUAACCCAGCCUGUUUAAACUGACUACUCUUCAUAUGUCAUUAUUUCUUACAUUUUAUUUUCAUCAGAGUAUAUCUGAAAGCACAUUUAAUGCAUUGACUUUCAUUUGUAAAUAUUUCUAAUACAUGUUUCAGAAUUUAGUAGGUUUUGGUUUUAGUUUUGCUAUAGAUUAUAAAAUGUGUUUGAUGUGUAAGAAGAGUAUAACUUCACAGUCAUUUAAACUUGGCAUGUAAUCAGCAGUAAGAAACCUGCUGAUAGAUUUUGGUCACAAACAAGGCUAAAGACAUUAUUCAAUUUUUGUUUAUAAUGUUAGUAGUAUUUUAAUUCAUAGUAUUUAAUCAUUAAAUAUAAAUCACUAACUCUUACUUCACACCUGUUAGUGAAGAGUAUACUUAUAAAGUGACUUGUUACACUGUAAACUUUUUUAUUUCAUAUUUGCUUAUUUUUCAUGCCAACAGGACCCUAAUUCUAACGUAAGGUACACUGUGUAUAAACAAAUUUUCAAAAUAACAAAAAUAUGAAUACUGUGCUAAAUGAUUUUAUUACCCAUUGUCUGUUGAUUUUUUGUCUCCCUGACUGUAGAGCUUGCCUUGGCUUAUAGAAUCACAAACAGUCACUUACAGUUAAGGACACAUUGACCUAAUAAUCAAACAGCACUAUAAUAUUAGUUUUGCGUAUGUGUGUAACAGUAAUUUUAUUGUCUUGGGUCUCCUGUUCAGAUUUUCAGCUGAUUGAAAUUUCAUCAGAAAAUACUAUUUUUUCUUGUUCUCUUUGGUUGUUAAGUUUAUAUUUAAAUAUUAAAUGGUUGAUUUCCUCACGUUUUAUAGACGUUGGAUGUGCAGUAUAUUGGCCAGUGGUUACAUCAGAUCUUACUAUGCAAGCCAUAUUAUUAGGCUUAAGAUUUUGUUACUUUUAAGAUUGCUUAAUAAUUUCCUGAGUUUUAAUUGUCAGCAUAUUUAAUUUUUAGGUUCUUUAUUAGAUGAAAGCUUUAGAAGAAGCAUACAAAGCCCAACUGGUGUAGUGUAAUGAUCACCAGUCUGAAAUGGUUAUUAUAAGUAUAACUUUUAUAAUAGUUUUGAAAAUGUGCUGUUACAGCAUCCUAAUGUGGAUGUUUUUCUUCUUUGGUAAAAAAGACAUUACACAUCUUCCAUGGUAUAACAGACAAUGCACAUCUGUAGUAUAACAAGCAUUACACAUUUUCUGUUGUAUAACAGACAUUACACAUCUUCCAUGGUAUAACAGGCAUUGCACAUCUGUUGUAUAACAGACAUUACACAUCUUCCAUGGUAUAACAGACAUUACACAUCUUCCAUGGUAUAACAGACAUUACACAUCUUCCAUGGUACAACAGACAAUGCACAUCUGUAGUAUAACAAGCAUUACACAUCUCCUGUGGUAUAACAGGCAUUACACAUUUUCUGUUGUAUAACAGACAUUACACAUCUUCCAUGGUAUAACAAGCAUUACACAUCUCCUGUGGUAUAACAGGCAUUGCACAUUUUCUGUUGUAUAACAGACAUUGUACAGCUUCCGUGGUAUAACAGACAUUGCACAUUUUCUGUGUUAUAUCAGGCAUUGCACAUUUUCUGUUGUAUAACAGACAUUGCACAUUUGUGGUAUAAAAGACACUGGCUUUGAAAACAAACGUGUAUUGUUAAAUACCUUUUUUGCGAGUACAAAGAUUAUGCAUAACCUGAGUUUUCCUCAGGGAGAAAGUGUUAUUUUGUAAAGAGAGUUCAGUACUUUCUCAAUAUAAUCAAGAGUGUAUGAUAACGAAAAAGCAGAAGGUGUAAUGGUGUACAUGUGUAACUAGAUUUUUGAGUCUCAUGACCAACUGUAUCAACUACAGUAGAUGUUUGUUUUUAAUAUUUUUUAUAACUCUGUAGGUUUUGCUGGUCAUUACCUGAUGCAUAAGGAAAAAAUGUUAGCUGUUUUGAUUGGUCACAUGUUUAAGUGGAAGGGGGAAUUGUGCAUGGGAUGCAUCGUAAAACAAACACUUAUGGUUUCAAUAUAUGUGUAUAUAUAUAUAAGCCUUUAACUUUGUUUAUAUAUAAAUAUAUAUAUAUAUAUAUAAACAAAGUUAAUAUAUAUAUAUAAAAUAUAUCUUAACUGUGGGUCUACACUUCUGUGGUAGUUUUGCAUAAAAUACAUCUCGGCUAAAAUCUUAAUUUUAUAUAAAAUAUAUCUUAACUGUGGGUCUACACUUCUGUAGUAGUUUUGCAUAAAAUACAUCUCGGCUAAAAUCUUAACAGUAGGAAUUUUAUAGAAAAUAUAUCUUAACUGGGGUCUAUAGUUCUGUAGGAUUUUUCUGAAAGGCUCAUCUUGGGUUGGAAUAUUCAUAGAUUAUAGAGUUUGAUAUGAAAACUGUAUCUUCACCAUGGUUUAGAACAUUUUUUAUAAAACAUUUCACAUUUUUUGUGGUAUAAAAGACUGUGGGUGGGUUAAUGUCACUUGCUUUUUAAAACCUUUUUUAUUUUUCUACUUUUGUUUGGUGCUAGAUAUGUUAACCUGUUGCAUAAAAGUAAUCACAGAUCCAAUCAUUUUUAUGUACAUAUAGUGUAUACUCAGUUCUACUUAGGGCGAGGAGAGUGGUUUAAAAUCCUGUCAUUAAACAUUUUUAAAAAUAUAUUUAACAAAACGAUUAUAUUCGGAUUAAGUAAAAAUAAGACAGUGUAUAAUGUAUUUCAGGGACUAGUGUAAUCAUAAAGUAAGACCUUUUAUGUGCAAAGUAAAUUUUGGAUUAAUAUAUAUACAGAAUUAAUCUUUGUGUAAAUUUAUUACAAAGUAAUGAAGCAAAUUCGUUUUUCAUGGAAAUUUUGUAGUUUGUGUGCGUGUUCAAGUUGGUUCUUUUAUACAAAAUAUUUUAAACAUGGUACAGGAUAAAUUUAGAUUUUACUUUUAUCCUAUGAUCGUCAUGGUUUCAAAAGUAAGAACUGAAGUGUGAAUUGUUUCCUAAUUGUUUUUAUAAUUUUUUCCUCCACAUUGACAUUAAACUUAAUCAGUGGCGUGUUUAUGACCGACUCACAGUAGGUGUUUCUGUCACAAUAUUUAGGCAGAAUAGCAACAGAUAGUACUUUCUUUAUCCUUGUCGAUUUAUAUGAGUAAACCAGUUCUGAUUAUUGGUGACUGUGCAUGUACAGUAUAGCACACUGUAUUGUUUUGUGAUUUUUUUUUUUUUUUACUUAAUGAAUCAUUGUAUCCAUAGCUUUGAGUAGUGAGUGACAUCAAGAUAUUUGUCUGUAACAAGUAUGAUAAAUGACAUAACUAUUCUUAUUCCUAUUUAAUUAUCUGGUCUGUUUGUACAAAUUGAAUAAUUUGACCUAAGAUCAAAUCAAUUUGGUUCUUUGCUAUAUAAAUUUUCCUUACUUCUACUGCUGAUGUAACUAUCAGUUAUGUAUUCAACUAGUGCCUUCUGUGAUGGUUAACACUUUGUACAAAUAAAUUGUAUUUUUCUAUCUUGCUAGAACAUAAAGUCUACUACGUUUUAAAUUUCAUCAUUAAUUACAGUUGAUGUGAACCCGUUAUUAACUGUUUAAUUAUCUCAUUGUCCCUUAAAAAAAUUGAUUUUUUAACAAAUAUUUUUUUUUGUAUAUAUAAUA